GGCAGAGAUAUCAACUUUUUUGUAAACCUCAACACUUCAGAAAACCUCAGGAUCGGGGGGCCCUUCUCAAAAUGGCCCUCAGGAUUUCAGCGGUGCGGCUCAGACUGGGUUCAGGUCUUAAGGGGUUAAUAGGGGAGCAGAUUUCUUAUGACGAGAUUAUUGAUGAUUUUGCAUCAAGGAAGAAGAGAAAGGUCAAGUUUGUGUUUUAGUUUUCUGUUCAUUGAAAAAUCACAUUUUCUUUAGUGUGUUUUCAAAUUUGUGUGAUUUGCUAUGUCAGAUUAUUGGUCUAUAUUUUAUUUAAUAUUUUGUAUUGUUUGGGGGGGCUUGGAAGGGGUCUCGCCCGGGGGAGUAAUUUAGUCUCGAACCGCCACUGCUGAUAUCCCAUUACGAGGACCUUUUCUGUGACGGGGUGCUGCUGCUUGAGACGUGUAGGUGCAGGGACCGGGGGCUGAGGGAGGCUGGGGCUGGACGGACGGGGAGGAGACUACGGAUGUGGGGUGGUACAAUGUGGCGCUGUGGGCUCCUGCUGCACUCAGAGGACGCAUGAGAGCUGAGGAUAGUCGGAGCUGACUGAGUCAAAGACAGGUAAGAGAGCAGCCUCAUCACUGCACUUUUUAACACACUGUAUUAACCGGGUUUGUUUGUUUGCGUUAAUGCACGUUAAAGUUAAGACGUUUUUACCUUAAUGCUGACAACUGUGGGAGGAAAACUCUGCAGAUGAGCUGCAUUCAGCAGUGUCCUGAGGAAAACAUCUAAAGAGUUUAUCAGCUUUCUGAAUGUAGAGCAAAAAAAGGUCUGCAUAAGUUACUUCCAUGUUAAUGGCUGUUGAGAGCUGACAUGUGGUCUAAUGUUUCACUGGAGAAAAGAAGGAGGAGCAACCUUAGAGCUCAGCCUGCAGUAAUGACACUACAAUAGAGAGAGGGUGCCAAGAGGGAAAACCAAACACACGCACACACACAUGCACACUCCUUCCUUCCAGAGACUGGGGGUCGAUGAGGGCACAUAAAGGGAUGGUCUUGAAUUGUUGUUUAUUUACUUGUCAGAGCUGCAUGAAAGCUGAAGGCGUAAAAUAGAUGACAGCAGUACAUCUCUGUCCUCAGAAACUCCCACUAAUGAAUUUGUGUUUGUGAGUGUGUGUGUGUGUGUGUGUGUGUGUGUGUGUGUGUGUGUGUAUUGGGGGGGGAUUUGGGUCUCUAGCUGGAAAGGGAAGGACUCGAUUGGGGAGAGGGGGGGGGGGCUAAUAGCUCCCAGAUGUGUGCUGUGAAAACAUAUGGUUUCUGAUAGCCACUGUGAUGUACAAGAAGAAUGUGUGUUUGUGUGUUUGUGUAUCUGUGCGUGUUUCACAGACUUUAAGACACACACACGCGUUUAAUGAUUUAUUAAUGUACAUGCACAUGUGUAAAUGGAGCUCAGAUCACAUGAUUUUGUACAGUGUAUCCUCACAGACAAUACAUGCAAUAACUCAAUAUACACACUCAAUUCAACACACACAUUUCCUUCCAGGAAAAGUCAUAAAAGUCAUGAGAGGAGUUUUGAGAAAAGUUAGAUUUGGAUCAUGACCAACAGGGGACCUUAAUAAUGACCUAAGGUCCACAGUUCGACUGUUAUGUGAGUGCACACUAACACAAAGAGCCCCACAGUGUAGGAGGUGAAAAAAGCCCAAACUAAGUGCUCCAUGUUGUGUGUUUGGAGAAGCCUACAGAGUGGCUGCAGCGGAGGAGGAGCAUUCAUAUUUUCCACAAAGUGGGAAAGUAGUUCAGUCAGUGUAACAGGAAGCGAAUGUCACAGAUUUUACAGUUUGAAACACUUGAAUUGUGACUUCCUCAGCGAGGGGAAGCGGUGAUCUGGUUUUCUUAUCAGUGAAUGUCUUCAUACUGUCAGAGUGCAGAUUUUCUGCUUGCAUGUCAUGUUGACUCAACCUGGAAGGCUCUUUUAUCUCCACUCCUCAGAGCAAAAGAAGGAGGAGGAGGGGGAUUCGAGGAAAUGACCAGUGCAGGCGACAGAAGGGAAAUGAAGGAUGUGGAGAGAGACAGAGAGGAGCGGGGAGGGAUCAAGAAAACUCAGAGAAGAGAGGGGUGGGGUUCAGGGGUCCUCUGUUUCUUUUCCUGGAAUGCAGCUGCGAGAGUGUCUGCUGCGAUGAGGAAAAGUAGGAAAACAGAGCUCAUAGAAAGACAGACAUGCCACAUUCUUGCUGUCAGAGAGGUCCCCCCUGCCCCCGCCUCUUCUUCUUCUUCUUGCCCUGGCUGUUAUGGGGCCAGUUAGGAGGACGGAGGGGGAGGGACAAGGGGGUAGAGAUGGGAGAGCAGUGGGGGGUUGGAGGGGUGAUAGAGGGCAGGGGGAGAGAGAGGAGAAGAGAGUUCUGGAGACCAAAAAGAACAUCCAGCACAAAGCUCUUUAUUCUCCUAAUGUUGCUCUGUUUUUACUCUUAUUGCUCUUCUCUGCUCUCUUAAUCCUCCUGCAGGGUUCCAGUAAGUCUACCUCCCAUAGUGACCAUGAGAGUCCUCCUUCUAAUCUGCAUGCCAGGUAAAUCCGCCGUCGUCCCAUGUGAGAAGAAACCACGAAGAAAUACAGACGUCAAAUCUGAAACUUCUCUAUAACAAUAAAGUUACAGCAGACCGCAGCUCCAACUCAAUUGAUGUUGAUUUGAGUUACAAGGAAAACAAAAAUGAUUAUUAACUAAUAUAACACAUUUCUGUACCUACACAUGUUUGCAAAAUACUUUGGUUUGGGGUUAUUUGGCAUGGGUUGUACACAGGUGGUGUUGAAUCUUUUAUUUACAUAACUUCAUUAAGUACGGGAAAAGUUCUCCGACAUUAAGGAUUGGUUUGUUUGCAUCAUUAUUUUUAUUUUUGAUCAGGAUUAAUACCUCUGAGCUGCACAACACUUGUACAUAACACCCUAACACCACCACAACUGGUCCAACCACAUCAAGAAACACUGUGAAGGAAAUGUACUUUAAAAAAAGGAGUAACAUAAAUUCAAGAAACCUAAUAAAGAAGAAAAUCAUUAUUUAAGUGCUUCUCUAACCUCUAACUUUUCUUUCUUUAACAGUUGUGCUGCUCGUCCAGGGCCAGUACCAGGAACAAUUCCCCUUUUUGGGUGAGUUUCUUCAAAGAACAGAGGCGUUGAUUUUUGCAGCGUAACAUCAGUUUACUUCCACAUCUGUGUCUGAUUUCUCUUUGUCCUGAUGUGUCAUGAAGCCCCCAGGAGUUUCUUCUCCUCCUUUGUUUUGUUAUUUACCACCAACUAAGUAAUUGUACUCAGAGUGUAAAAAACACUUUAACCACUCUUAAGUGUUUUUUGUGAAUAUCUUUCAUAUGAGGUCAUGAAACAAACCCUCCCAAACAGCUCAUUUUUGCAUGCAGGUGGUUCAUUUAAUGGGAGACUGGGCUUUUGUGUACAUCUGUGUGACUGUAAUUGGUUUUACUGUGUUGAUCUCAUGACAAACUCGUCUCUCCUGAUCUUUUAUUGGCUUCACAGAGGACUAUGGGCCGGAUUAUUUCCCAGGUGAGACAUUUUCUCAGUAACACUGGAUGAUUUUACUUAUAGUCAGGUGAAAAUAUGACUUGACCCCCAAAAAUUCUAACAAAAGGUUUCUCAGCUGUAUUUUUUUAUAGUAUUAGAUGUCCUGAAUAACAUACUAAAAGUUUACCAAAGUUGACGACUAGAAACGUGUUUUUCAAGAUGGCGUCCAUGAUGGGCAGGAAGUCGAGGAAGGACAACCCCGGGUAAAUAAGGUAACAUUUUUAACUAACAGAUAUCACCAUGAAAAUUCCCAAGUUCAUAACUUACAUUAAGACAAAUAUUUUUUGUAUUACAAGUUUUGUCAAAUGUUAUGUUUGAAUAUGUAAAUGAGGUAAUAUCUAAUUAAAUAUGCACUAAUUUGCAUAUAUUUCCAGAACCCAAAACUAAACAACUGAUAGAGCCCCUUUUAAAAAUUCUUGUUUUAUUUUGUUGACAUACUCGAGUCAGAAGGGGUGGAGGAUCUUAGAUAUCUUUAUCACUCUGUAAAUGAGAAAAUACUGUCACCGCCCCUAAAAAUUAAAGUGUGGCCAUGUAUUUUUUUCAGGUCCUAAAAUGACCGUUACUCCUUUUUAUUCCUUCUAGACCAGAAAUACUGGUGCCUGAUACAUGUCUUGACCAUGUAAUAUUCUAACUAGCAUAUUUUUAUGAUAGAUAAGUGACUACAAAUACAACUCCGGCAGUGUCGGAUGGCGACAUUUGAAUUUUUAGGGGUGGUGACAGUAUUUUCUCAUUUAUAGAGUGAUAAAAAGUGAUAUCCAAGAUCCUCCUCCCCUUCGUCUGACUCUAGUAUGUCAACAAAAUAAAACAAGAAUUUUUAAAGGGGCUCUGUCCGUUGUUCAGUUUUGGGUUCUGGAAAUGUAUGCAAAUUAGUGCAUAUUUAAUUAGAUAUGACCUCAUUUACAUAUUCAAACGUAACAUUUGACAAAACUCAUAAUACAAAAAAUAUUUGUCUUAAUGUAAGUUAUGAACUUGGGAAUUUUCAUGGUGAUAUCUGUUAGUUAAAAAUUUUACCCUAUUCACUCGGGGUUGUCCUGCUGCGCUUCCUACCCAUCAUGGACGCCAUCUUGAAAAAGACACCUUUCCAGUGGUCAAACUUUGGUAAACUUUUAGUAUGUUAUUAAGGACAUCUAGUACUAUGGAUAAAAACAGCUGAGGAACCUUUUGUCAGGGUUCGGUGUUGUUUUCAUACAUGUACCUGUCUAAUCAAAAUCAAAUUAAUUCCUUUUUUUGAGUACAGAUGCCGAAACUCCAGAUUCUCUCCCUGGAACCUACCAGCAGCAGGUUCGACUUGAGACAGCGGUGCGUCCAGAAAAAUCAGGUAUAUCAGCUGAUCAACACUUAAGCUGAGUCAUGACAUUUGAGAGUUGAGUGGUUUGUAUCUUACCAAAAGUUGAUUUCUUCAUCUUCUGUCCUCGGUUGUUAUCAGGAUCUGAUCCAGAGACAGAGCCCACUGAGCCUGGCCCUCUGGGUAAGAACUAUCAGAUACAGGACUGCUCAUCACUUGUUAAGUUCAGGUCGUGGGUGAUUGAUUUUGCUGUGUUUGGUCUCCAGAUUGCAGAGAGGAGCAGUAUCCAUGCACUAGACUCUACUCUGUUCACAAGCCGUGCAAGCAGUGCCUGAACAGCCUGUGCUUCUACAGGUAAACCAUGAAUGACCAUGUGACAAUCCAGGAAGUGAAGAUAUAAGCAAACGUAGUUCAGACCAGAUUCAAGACGACAUCUGAUGGAGACUAUCCUCCUCAGCAGCAGAUUUACACAGCUGAUGUGCAAAUGAGUACCAGCAGCAGGGUGGUGGAUGCAAGAUUGAGACAAAGCAGUGGUUCUCAACUGGUGGGUCCCGACCCAAAAGAGGGUCGCGGACAUGUUCUGGAUGGGUCGCAAACAGCUAGUCAAAAAAGUAAAUAUUUAAUACGCAUCUGAUGUUUGACAGAUCUUUUAAUUUGACAAAUAGCUUAUUUUGUUCAAUUUGAUAUUUUCUGUAUAUGCAACUUCAGUCGUUGUCGUCCUGAGUUCAUGUGCUCUGAGAUGCACUUUACUCACUAAAACAGGUGUAUUUGUGUUAAAGGUUUGAGUCUUUAAGGUUAUUUUCUUCUAAAAAAUAAAUGUGCUUGGUUUGAAUUCUAUAAAAGUGGGUUGUGACUUUAGGAACAUGGGAAAAUGUGGGUCAGAGAGUGAAACCAGUUGAGAACCACUGAGAUAAAGAACAUAACCAGACUCAGUGAGCAGAUAGAUGUUUGAUAUGAUGGUUUCUGUGAACUCUCAGUGACACUUCAGUCCUUCUUCUUCUUCACUUUUUACUCGUCCGUCUGUUUUUCAUUCAGUUUGCGACGGGUUUACGUUAUCAACAAGGAGAUCUGCGUGAGGACUGUGUGUGCACAUGAAGAGCUGCUCCGAGGUGGGUUCAGCACGCUCUGUUUGACUUCUUCUUGUUUGCAUUUGUUUAUUAGGACUUGUAACUUGAACUCUUGUGUGUCUGUGUGUGUGUGUGUGUGUGUGUGUGUGUUCGUUUAGCGGAUCUCUGUCGUGACCAGUUCUCUCGCUGCGGCGUGGCAGCUCUGAGCGGCCAGUGUGCAUCUCUAGGAGCAAGCUGUGGACAGAGCUGCGGCGGCUGUUGAUUGAGUUCAGAGAUCAGGGACACAACCUGCCCAGACACUGCCUCUUCUCUUCAACUCAUCCUUGUCCUCCUCCUCCUCCUCUUCCUCCUCCUUCUUCUUCCUCACUUUGUCUCUUACUCGUCCUACAUUACUCCUGUGCCAAAAGCACUUCUGCAUUUGUAUUUUUGUCCUUCUUAUCUUUGUCUCCUCACAUGUACGUCUGCCCAGUAGAUCCUGCGUGUAUAGCUAAAUAUAAUCCAAAGAACAUUGAUGAUUGUAUAAAUCACUGGUGCUAUAAAAUCUUCACACUGGUGCUAGUACAGAUGCACAUAAAACAUCUUUUUUUGUUAUUUUUUGGCAUAUUGCACCGUAUUAUUCUCAUGCUUUUGUGUUUUUUGAUGCAUUACUGUAGUUGUGUUGAAAAGCAGUUAUGAUAAAGGACUUGUAAAUGGUGCACUGACAUCAGGCAAACUUAAACGAUAACCCAGCAGCCGAUAAGAUCACAAGUUGUGUGAAAACCAAACAAAAACAGGUGGUGAGUGACCUCAGUUUUUGUACUACUGCUACCUGGAUCUGUGCUUCACAAUCAACCGGCACUCUUACAGAAAUAUACUCAGAGUGAAAACAUGUGCUUUGAAAAGGCAUCCCCACACAACCUCUGUACUACUGCUUUGUAAAACUGUCACUAUAAAGACUGAGAAACAAAAAAUAAACUUUUUUUUUUUUGUACUACA